AUGAAAUUAUUUAGUCUUUCUUAUAACCUUAUAACACCAUAUCUAUUUUUAUUAUCCAUUUGUGCAUUCAUAAUAUCAACGAGAUCACAGCUUACCAAUUUUGUCUACAACGAAAGUAUAAUAGAUACUGGAAAUCCUCUUUUUGUACAAAACCUUCAAACUUAUGAUGAUGGAACAACUCUUGUCCAUAUAACACGACGUGAUCCAAAAAUAAACCAAAAUUGUUCAGUGAAUUUAGGUGCACUGCCUACUGAAACUUUUGGUUUAGAACAGAUAUUACGUAUAAGAGUUAUUGAAUUAAAUGGAAAUGUUAAUGAAAUUAAUCUUGAUUUAAACUUAAUUACUCCAAAUUAUUGUGUAUUACGUAAAGUUACCGGAGAUAUAGUGUUUCCUAUUAAAUUAUAUGCUUUACAAAAACCCUUGAUUCUAGUAACAUACGUGAAUGCUACAAAUUCUUCUGAUCCUAAUACUUAUGAAGAGUGGGGAGCUGUAAUCGAUUGGAAUAGUAUCAUUCGAAGUACCAUAUAUUUUGGCCCAUCUUUUGUUAAUAAAACUACUAAUUCCAGUCACUGGAAUCCGCAAAGUGCAAUUGAGUUAAACAUAAAUCGGAAAUUGGGAUUUUUUAGACUAGAUUUAGUAAGAAAAGAUGACUCCUUGAAUCCUUCGUGGUAUCAAUGGCAGCAAUAUUCAAUUAUUCCACUUAGUCAAUUUACUAAUCCUCUAGUUAAACUUAAAAGCUUUCAACUUGUAUCAAUAUCUACUAUUGAUGGUGGUUAUGCUUUAUUCUAUGCUAACUCUACCGAAGAAGUUAAUACCAACCAAACGUUAGCCAUACGUGGCACGGUAUAUGCUAAUUUCAUAUCCUAUAACAAAACAGUUCCAGAUAGAACGGUUCUUCUCUAUGAGUUACAUAUAAAUGUAACUUUUAAUGGAAUUCAUUGUGACUUAGUAGCUGUUGGCUUGGGUCAAGUUUGCACAUUAUCUAUUACCAAUAACGAUAUAUCUAUCAACUCUACCAAUAAUAGCACAGUAAAUAACAGUACAACACACUAUGUAAAAAUUUACUUUCUAACGUCAGGAUCUGUAUUAAAAAUAGAUACAUUAUCUGACCUUCCUAAUGUAACUAGUAUACCCUUAAAAGGUUGGGUGGUAAAAUCAAUGUCAUAUGGAGGUUACAUAUUACAUGCUACUGAUGCUAUUCAUUAUUCUCAUAUGAUUUAUCCUUAUGAUGAAUAUAACUUUCAAAUACCUUUGGUUUCAUCAAUAUUACCAAAUGGAUCUGUUUCUAUUAAUAAUAAUUUUUCUACAAAUCCUUAUGGUGCAAAUGCUAUUAUGAAUAACAAUAAUAUUUUUCUACUCCCAACAUACAAUAAAAAUGAUCCAAGAACUCUUUG